AUGGAAAUUUUGUGGAAGACGUUGACCUGGAUUUUGAGCCUCAUCAUGGCUUCAUCGGAGUUUCAUAGUGACCACAGGCUUUCAUACAGUUCUCAAGAGGAAUUCCUGACUUAUCUUGAACACUACCAGCUAACUAUUCCAAUAAGGGUUGAUCAAAAUGGAGCUUUUCUCAGCUUUACUGUGAAAAAUGAUAAACACUCAAGGAGAAGACGGAGUAUGCACUCUAUUGAUCCACAGCAGGCAGUAUCUAAGUUAUUUUAUAAACUUUCAGCCUAUGGCAAGCACUUUCAUCUAAACUUGACUCUCAAUACAGAUUUUGUGUCCAAGCAUUUUACAGUAGAAUAUUGGGGGAAAGAUGGACCCAAGUGGAAACAUAAUUUUGUAGACAACUGUCAUUACACAGGAUACUUGCAAGAUCAACAUAGUACAACUAAAGUGGCUUUAAGCAACUGUGUUGGUUUGCAUGGUAUUAUUGCUACAGAAGAUGAAGAAUACUUUAUUGAACCCUUAAAGAAUACCACAGAGGAUUCCAAGCAUUUUAGUUAUGAAAAUGGACAUCCUCAUGUUAUUUACAAAAAAUCUACACUUCAGCAACGGCAUCUGCAUGAUCACUCUCAUUGUGGGGUUUCGGACCUCAUAAGAAGUGGCAAACCUUGGUGGCUGAAUGACACAUCUGCUUUUCCUUCUUCACUACCAAUUAAUGACACACAUAGCCACCACAGACAGAAGAGAUCAGUGAGCACUGAGCGGUUUGUGGAGACAUUGGUAGUGGCAGACAAAAUGAUGGUGGGCUAUCAUGGCCGCAAAGACAUUGAACAUUACAUUUUGAGUGUGAUGAAUAUUGUUGCCAAACUUUACCAUGAUUCCAGCCUAGGAAAUGUUGUGAAUAUUAUAGUGGCCCGCUUAAUUGUUCUCACAGAAGAUCAGCCAAACUUGGAGAUAAACCACCAUGCAGACAAGUCCCUCGAUAGCUUCUGUAAGUGGCAGAAAUCCAUUCUCUCUCACCAAACUGUUGGAAACACCAUUCCAGAAAAUGGGAUUGCCCACCACGAUAAUGCAGUUCUUAUUACUAGAUAUGAUAUCUGCACUUAUAAAAAUAAGCCAUGUGGAACACUGGGCUUGGCCUCUGUGGCUGGAAUGUGUGAGCCUGAAAGGAGCUGCAGCAUUAAUGAAGACAUUGGCCUGGGUUCAGCUUUUACCAUUGCACAUGAGAUUGGUCACAAUUUUGGUAUGAACCAUGAUGGAAUUGGAAAUUCUUGUGGGACGAAAGGUCAUGAAGCAGCAAAACUUAUGGCAGCUCACAUUACUGCAAAUACCAAUCCUUUUUCCUGGUCUUCCUGCAGUCGAGACUAUAUCACCAGCUUUCUAGAUUCAGGCCGUGGUACUUGCCUUGAUAAUGAGCCUCCCAAGCGUGACUUUCUUUAUCCAGCUGUGGCCCCAGGUCAGGUGUAUGAUGCUGAUGAGCAAUGUCGUUUCCAGUAUGGAGCACCAUCUCGCCAAUGUAAAUUUGGGGAAGUGUGUAGAGAGCUCUGGUGCCUGAGCAAAAGUAAUCGCUGUGUCACCAACAGUAUUCCAGCAGCUGAGGGGACACUGUGUCAAACUGGGAAUAUUGAUAAGGGGUGGUGUUAUCAGGGAGAUUGUGUUCCUUUUGGCACUUGGCCCCAGAGCAUAGAUGGAGGCUGGGGUCCAUGGUCACUGUGGGGAGAGUGCAGCAGGACCUGCGGGGGAGGCGUCUCCUCAUCCAUAAGACACUGUGACAGUCCAGCACCUUCAGGAGGUGGAAAAUAUUGCCUUGGGGAAAGGAAACGGUAUCGCUCCUGUAACACAGAUCCAUGCCCUUUGGGUUCCCGAGAUUUUCGAGAGAAACAGUGUGCAGACUUUGACAAAAUGCCUUUCCGAGGAAAGUAUUAUAGUUGGAAACCGUAUACUGGAGGUGGGGUAAAACCUUGUGCAUUAAACUGCUUGGCUGAAGGUUACAAUUUCUACACUGAACGUGCUCCUGCAGUGAUUGAUGGGACCCAGUGCAAUGCGGAUUCACUGGAUAUCUGUAUCAAUGGAGAAUGCAAGCAUGUAGGUUGUGAUAAUAUUUUGGGAUCUGAUGCUAGGGAAGAUAGAUGUCGAGUUUGUGGAGGGGAUGGAAGCACAUGUGAUGCUGUUGAAGGUCUCUUCAAUGAUUCGUUGCCUAGAGGAGGCUACAUGGAAGUGGUGCAGAUACCAAGAGGCUCUGUUCACAUUGAAGUCAGAGAAGUUGCCACUUCAAAGAACUAUAUUGCUUUGAAAUCUGAAACGGAUGAUUACUAUAUUAAUGGUGCGUGGACUAUUGACUGGCCUAGGAAGUUUAAUGUUGCUACAACAGCUUUUCACUACAAGAGACCAACUGAUGAGCCAGAAUCCUUGGAAGCUCUAGGUCCCACCUCAGAAAAUCUCAUUGUCAUGGUUCUGCUUCAGGAACAGAAUUUGGGAAUUAGCUAUAAAUUCAAUGUUCCCGUCACUCGGACUGGCAGUGGAGAUAAUGAAGUUGCUUUUACAUGGAAUCAUCAGCCUUGGUCAGAAUGCUCAGCUACUUGUGCUGGAGGUGUUCAAAGACAGGAGGUGGUCUGUAAAAGGUUGGAUGACAACUCCAUUGUCCAGAACAAUUACUGUGACCCAGACAGUAAGCCACCUGAAAAUCAAAGAGCCUGCAACACUGAGCCCUGCCCACCUGAGUGGUUCAUUGGGGAUUGGUUGGAGUGCAGCAAGACUUGUGAUGGUGGAAUGCGCACAAGGGCAGUGCUCUGCAUCAGGAAGAUUGGGCCUUCAGAGGAAGAGACACUGGACUACAGUGGUUGUUUAACACAACGGCCUAUCGAAAAAGAGUCCUGCAACAACCAGUCAUGUCCACCUCAGUGGGUGGCUUUGGACUGGUCUGAAUGUACUCCAAAAUGUGGUCCAGGAUUCAAGCAUCGGAUUGUUCUGUGCAAGAGCAGUGACCUUUCUAAAACAUUCCCAGCUGCACAAUGUCCAGAAGAAAGCAAACCUCCUGUCCGCAUCCGCUGCAGUUUGGGCCGCUGCCCUCCUCCUCGUUGGGUGACAGGAGAUUGGGGCCAGUGUUCUGCUCAGUGUGGCCUUGGACAGCAAAUGCGAACUGUGCAGUGUCUCUCCUACACUGGACAAGCAUCUAGUGACUGUCCAGAAACUGUUCGGCCUCCAUCGAUGCAGCAGUGUGAAAGCAAAUGUGACAGUACCCCCAUUUCCAAUACUGAAGAGUGCAAAGAUGUGAACAAAGUGGCUUAUUGCCCACUGGUGCUGAAGUUCAAGUUCUGCAGUCGAGCAUACUUCAGACAGAUGUGUUGUAAGACCUGCCAAGGACACUGA